AUGAGUGGCCAGCAAGUUCACCUUAUCCACAUCCCGUAUUUCCAGUCCACCCCAACGCUCAGUACAGGAACCCCCGGAAGCACCUGUGCCCCCGACAUUCUACGGACCAUGCGCCACAACACCCUCAAAUGUCCAGGGCCCCAACCCACCACAGAAGCCCCUCCACCCAGCCCGCUUCGCAGCUCUCACUACCCUGCGAGCCUGAGCCCUCAGCUUUUAAUAAGCAAGCACAUUCACCUCAAAAGGCUAGAUGAAACAACAAAUCCCACCCCCACCCCCCCCACCCCCCCAGCCACCGCAGCCAAAACAAUCGUCAGAUCCAACCCAGACGAACAUCGACCAUCUCCCCGAAACCAAGUAGGACUCCCAUCAUUUAUCACCACAAAGCACUUCUCGUCCAAAAGGACCCAAAAAGCCACUCCCCCGGCCUCACUUGACGACCCUUCUCCUCCAGCCACCAAAUCCACACCCAAACCACCACCAACCCCCCGCCCACAAGCAGCACUCCACACUUUCCCAGGAUCUACACCAGAAAAGCCCAGGAGCCGCUCAGCCACAACAGUUACCUCCCGCGCUGCGUCCGAUUUACUAACCACCACCAUCUUCACCCUCCACAUCGCCUCUACCACAAAAGCCAAAACAGCUUCCGAUCCACCACUGCAACCCCACUGUUCCCCCGAGCCACCCCUCCCCCUCCAAUCGGUGCUUUGCCACACAGACCUGCCACAGGUGACCCCACCACACCCUCAGCCCAUCAUCGACGAACAGCCUCGGCAAAAGAAACCUUGUGGCACGUCCUAUAGUCCUCCAUAG